AUGGGGAACACCAUCAGGGCCCUUGUGGCCUUCAUCCCUGCUGACCGCUGCCAGAGCUUUGUGGUUGGCGACCUCCGAGAGAUGCCGCUGGACAAGAUGGUAGAUCUGAGUGGGAACCAGCUACGUCGCUUCCCUGGGCACGUGUGCUCCUUCAGGGAGCUGGUCAAGCUCUACCUGAGUGACAACCACCUCAACAGCCUACCUCCGGAGCUGGGACAGCUGCAGAACCUACAAAUACUGGCCUUGGAUUUCAACAACUUCAAGACUCUGCCCCAGGUGGUGUGUACCUUGAAGCAGCUCUGUAUCCUCUACCUGGGUAACAACAAGCUCUGCGACCUCCCCAAUGAGCUGAGCCUGCUCCAGAACCUCCGGACCCUGUGGAUCGAGGCCAACUGCCUCACCAAGCUGCCAGACGUGGUGUGUGAGCUGAGCCUCCUCAAGACUCUGCAUGCUGGCUCCAAUUCUCUUCGUUUGCUGCCAGGUCAGCUACGGUGCCUCCAGGAGCUGAGGACCAUCUGGCUCUCAGGCAACCUGCUGACUGACUUCCCCCCUGUGCUACUUCAUAUGCCUUUCCUGGAGGUGAUUGACGUGGACCGAAACAGCAUCCGUUACUUCCCCAGCCUGGCCCACCUGUCCAGUCUGAAGCUCGUCAUCUAUGACCACAAUCCUUGCAGAAAUGCACCCAAGGUAGCCAAAGGUGUGCGCCGCGUGGGAAGGUGGGCAGAGGAGACACCAGAGCCUGACCCCAGGAAAGCCAGGCGCUACGCAUUGACAAUGGAGGAAAUCCAGGAGCCACAGGUACCUGCCCCGCCUCCUCUACUGCCUCUUGCCAACUCCUGAGGUGCUUCAGUUCUAGGUUAAUGCCAAAGACCCAA